AUGCCCCGAGGUGGACGCAGUGUCUCUUCUCGCCAAGCUGCCAGCCCAGCACCUUCUCAUGCUCCGUCUCCAGCACAGUCAUCUCUUUCGACUGUGUCCGCUCCGUCUCAGGGGCCCGGACUGAUGGCUCAGAUGGCUACUACUGCAGCUGGGGUAGCUGUGGGCUCCGCAGUGGGACAUGUUAUUGGUGGAGCCCUCACUGGAGCUUUCAGUGGAGGUAGCUCAGAGCCAGCAAAGCCUGCUGCACAGGAGGCUCCAAAGCCCCCCACCUACUCCCAGCAGCCACAGUCUACUCCUGGCCCCUGCCACUAUGAGUUGAAGGAAUUCUUGAACUGUGUUACCACUAACAACGACCUGCUCUUGUGUGAGGGAUUUGGUGAAGCCCUGAAGCAGUGCAAAUACAACUAUGGUAUUUCUUCCCUGAUAUAA